AUACUGUUAUACAUGUAUCUUAGGACAUGUUAAAAGGUUUCUAAUUAUAGGGUUUUUUAGUGACAAAAAAAAAGAGAAAAAAAAAAAAAGAGGAGAGUUAACAAAGUCAAGAGAGACUAAGCUUAGGAUUGGAGUGUUGAACUUGGAGGAGCCAGUGAUUUCAAUUUAUAAGCAGGCAAGUGGCAAGACCUGUCAUUUCCUUCCUCCUUGACUGUCUAAUGUUUCACAGAAAUCGAAUUCUAAUUCGAAAUCUAGGGAUUUAUUAACAGUCAACAAAGAGAAGAGAGGGAGGGAGAGAAUGAGUGGUUCAAGGUUCAUAAAAUGCGUUACUGUGGGUGAUGGUGCUGUUGGCAAGACUUGCAUGCUCAUUUCCUACACCAGCAACACUUUCCCUACGGAUUAUGUGCCAACUGUUUUUGACAAUUUCAGUGCAAAUGUGGUGGUGGAUGGGAGCACCGUUAAUCUCGGACUAUGGGACACUGCUGGCCAGGAAGAUUAUAAUAGAUUACGACCUUUGAGCUACCGUGGGGCAGACGUUUUCCUGCUUGCAUUUUCUCUCAUUAGCAAGGCUAGCUAUGAAAAUGUUGCAAAAAAAUGGAUUUCGGAAUUAAGGCAUUAUGCUCCUGGUGUUCCAGUUAUUCUUGUUGGAACAAAGCUCGAUCUUCGGGAUGACAAGCAAUUUUUUAUAGACCACCGUGGUGCAGUUCCCAUAACCACAGCCCAGGGGGAGGAACUUCGAAAGCUUAUUGAAGCUCCAGUUUACAUUGAAUGUAGCUCAAAAACCCAGCAGAAUGUGAAAGCCGUCUUUGAUGCGGCCAUUAAGGUAGUUCUCCAGCCACCGAAGCAGAAGACGAAAAUGAAGAGAAAGGCACAAAAGUCAUGCUCUAUCUUGUAGUUAUGGAGAAAAAACAUUUAUGGGGUGAAAUCAGGACCAAUUGUUGAUUUCUCAUGUUAGUUUCUCAAAAUUGCGUUAUAUCUUGUCCCUUCCUGCCUUGACAAAGCAGUAGACUGUUUUAGCUGCAAACAAACUGAUCUACAGAACUCUCUCUAUAAGCAUCAAAUGAUUUGCUUGUCCUUGCUGGAUUAGGUUUUGCUAUGUAUAUCAGCAUGUCUAUAUGUAUGAAUCAUAUGUAUCGACUAGAAUGAGGAAAGUUCGUUCUUGAAGAACCCAACUCUUUCCUUUUGUAUUUUGUUCUGCAUCCUGAUUUAGAAUCUUCCACAAAACUUCCGAUA